UUCAUAUAUGGUAUUUCUUCACAUUCAUGGUAGUUGACUAGCUGCUGGCGAUUGUGAAUUCUUUUCACUGUUUCCUUGUGAAAAGAGAUCCAAGGUGAAAAGAGAUCCAAGCAAUAAGUAAUUCUCCUUUAUUAUAUGUAUAUUACUCUGCGGGAUCUGGUCUGUCUUCAAUCAUUCUUCUUUCUCGAUCUCUACGCUCUAAAAACAUGCCUCAGGGAACCCUUCAAGUUGUUCUCGUUAGUGCCAAGGGCCUUGAGAACACAGAUUUUCUCUGUGACAUGGAUCCUUAUGUGAUUCUCACUUGCAGAACCCAGGAGCAGAAGAGCAGCGUUGCAUCAGGAAAAGGAUCAGAACCUGAAUGGAACGAGAAUUUCGAAUUUAACAUCUCUGAAGGUGUUUCAGAGCUCAAGGUGAAAAUACUGGACAGUGAUACUGGUUCCCAGGACGAUUUCGUUGGGGAAGUAACCAUAGCUCUGGAGCCUGUAUUCGAGGGAGGGCACAUUCCCCCAACUGCAUAUAAUGUCAUCAAGGACGAAAACUAUUGUGGGGAGAUUAGAAUUGGCCUCUCUUUCACCCCAGAGGAACAUCAAUCCAGGGAUUACUAAGUUGAUGAAUCUUUUGGAGGGUGGAAGCAGACAACUUACACUGAUUAGGCUACUUUUAGUUUUCAGUCCUAGUUUCUGUUCCAGCAACUAAUUAUCCUGUUUGAUUUCGAACUGUUAUCGUGUGGCUUCGAGUUUUAUUUCGGUUACUUGUGACACUGGGACA